UAAUCGCUUGAACCGGAGCAGCUUGGCAGUGAAGACAGAAACAACUACCGUACAUUUAUUAAAUUAAGGCACCUCAAGCAAUGCUGAGAAGUACGAUCAUAAACCACCAACAGCAUGUCGGACUGCAGAAGCUCUCAGCACUGGCAGGAAUCACACAUUGCUCUUUGGGCCCAAAUAAAAAGUACAAAUUUAUCCAAGAUGAAGCGAGUGGGCAGUCGACUCUUGUGUGUUCGUGUUUACGAAUCUGUGAGAACCUGGAGCUGACCUGUGCUGUUGGUCAGCUGGUUUACGAGACUAUUCAAGCACACCACAAGGUCUAUCAUACAGGGUCAGGAUGCCUGCUGUUUCUCGCUGGAGCUUGGAGCCGUGCUGCUCUGGAUUGCCUUCAGAGAGGAAUCUCAGUAGCACACAUCCUCUCAGCUAUGUCUGAAGGACUGGAUAUAUGCUUGGAUGUGUGCAGGAAAUGCAGCAUCUCAACUGAGGGUCUUGGUGUGAGGGAAUCAGAGACAUUGCAUGGUUUAGGAAGUCAACUGUCAAAGAAACCAGUUAUGGAGGCUUCACAAGCAUCGUGCAACACGCAGAGGACAACAAAAGUUGGUCACAAGAUUCUAAAUGGCAUUGGACAAAGGAAAAUAAAGCUCAGUAGACAUUUUUAUGAGGCAAAGUCUGAAAAUGUCUCAGUACCUCAUCAGCCUAACAUUCUUAAUGUCGCACACAUUGCAGAGGGAUUGAGUCACGGUUGUGUCGAUGCCAUGAAUUUAGUAGUUGAAGCCAGUCGAAUACAGUCAAACAAUAACCAGCAAGAUAUCAACUGUUCCACGUUUGAUAUUACUAAAGUUGUCACUUGUGUGUUACCUGGUUUACCAGAGAACAAUGCAUGUGUUCUACCAGGAUGCAUUGUUCUCUUAUCUGCUGAACAGGCUUCAGUUGCACAUCACUUAAAAGAUCAGCACUUGAAGGUGGCUUUAAUUAACGGAGAUUUAUCAGAUACCUAUCGUCACCUUGGCUUUAAAAGGCCAACAGGUAUACAGUGUGUGAGUGAUCAGUCAGAUUUGACAAGUUCAAGCAAAGAGGAAAAGUGGAUGGAAAAGUUUGAGGCAGUUGUGUUGAACCUGGAAGUGAACCUGAUACUAAUCAGUGGGCUUGUAAGUGAGAGAGUGCUUCAACGCUGUUGUAGACAUCAUAUCCUUGUGGUGGAAAAAGUUAAGGCCUCUGUUUUGACGGCAUUAGCUAAUGCAACAGGAGCUGUUCCUGUGACUUAUGCCACACAGUUGAGUAAGCACUGUGUUGGCACUGGUAUCAAGGCUGCAAUAUGGAGGGACAUCAGCAGCCAUGAGGGGAAGCCCUCAACAACUGUGAAUAUUUCCACUGGUGACAACAGCGAGUUGGUCACUGUGGUCAUCACAAGCUGUGUAAAUGGCAAGUUGCAGACCCUGGAGGAUCAGUUUUGGGCGUGUGCCUAUCGUGUCCACCACAUACUGAAAGACAAAGCCCUCCUGCCUGGUGCUGGAGCAACAGAAAUGCUUUGCCUUCAUCACCUUCAAAAGCAAGCCAAUCACCAUUUCAGGCAUCACAGAGAGAGGAAUGGAGACUCUGUCCAACAAACUAAAGCAGGGACAUCAGCUAACCCUUACAGGAGUGUAGUGUUGCAGCUCAUGGCAGAUGGUUUUAUAGAUUACAUAUCCACUGUAAUGGUUAACACAGGAAAAUUUUCAAAAGUCAGAGCCAGGACUGCAGUGAGCCAACAACUACAGGACUAUAACGAAAGUCUAGGCAUUGCUGCAAAGUUCUCACAACUUUUCUCAAAAGGUGAAGAAGAGGAUGGUGAAGUUUUGUUACCUGAGAAAUCCAGUGAAACACCAGCAGUACAGAUCUACGAUAAUCUGAGUGUGAAGCAGGAAGCAUGGAGGAAAGCCUUAGAUCUGGUUUUCCUGGUCUUACAGACUGAUUCAGAGGUCAUCACUGGCAUUGAUCCAAAAACUGACGGAGAACAGGAAAAUCUGAUGCUGUUAUGACUUUUUUGCAACAUCUUUGGAAAUGUUUUGACUGUAAACAAUUCUCUUGAAGUUUUUUAGACUGUUUUAAAAUAUGUUUUUCAGUAAAAAAAAAAAAAGUAAAUAAAGUUUUUUAAAAUUA